CAUAAUCUGCAUCUAGGCAACUUCAUCUAGCUCGAUCCCUCAUUAAUCAUGAGCUCAUUUCACGAUCCUAUCAAAACCAAACCUCUGACGAAAUUCAUUUUACUCUCCUCUUCAUUUUGUGCCAUUUCCCUCUGUGUAUCUGUGUUACUCCUGGCCACACGAAAGAUAGUAGUAGACGUGGCUCCUCCACCACAAUAUGUGUCUAAUCCUACCACUGUUGAUCAUCUUGUGUUUGGAAUCGCUUCAACAGGGACUUCGUGGCUUAAGAGGAAGGUAUACAUCAAUCUUUGGUGGAAUAGGAAACCCAAUAAAACAAUGAGAGGAUGCGUUUUCGUAGAUACUGUCCCACAUGAAGAUAAUGCAAACAAUGAUGGUCCUCUUCCUCCACUUUGUGUCUCUCAAGACACUUCCAAGUUUCUCUACACGUACAAGCCUGGUGGUCUAAGAUCAGCAAUCCGUGUGGCACGUGUGGUGAAAGAGACUGUGGCAUUGAACCAUUCUGGUGUUAGAUGGUAUGUGUUUGGUGAUGAUGACACUGUUUUCUUCCCUCAAAAUCUGGUCAAAUCUCUUUCCAAAUAUGAUCAUAGGCUUUGGUACUAUGUUGGGUCGCACUCAGAGAUUUAUGAGGCUUCACAGGUUUUUGGUUUUGGAAUGGCUUUUGGUGGUGGUGGUUUCGCCAUCAGUUCCUCGCUAGCACAUGUCCUAGCCAAGGUUUUUGACUCAUGCAUACAAAGGUAUCCUCAUGUGUAUGGAAGUGAUGCCAGGGUCUACUCUUGCAUAACAGAACUAGGUGUAGGAUUAACCCAUGAACCAGGUUUUCAUCAGGUUGAUUUGAGGGGAAAUAUCUUUGGCCUAUUGGCUGCACAUCCAUUAACUCCCUUGUUGUCCCUACAUCACCCAGAUCACACUGAUCCUAUCUUUCCUAACAUGACAACUACACAAUCUCUGCAACAUUUAUUUGAAGCGGUUAAUGUUGAUUCUGAGAGGAUCCUACAACAAACAGUUUGUUAUGAAAGGAGGCUUUCAUGGACAAUUUCAGUGUCAUGGGGCUAUGCUGUUCAAGUAUUCCAGCACAACAUGCUUUUGCCAGAUGUUCUGAGAGUGCAAAAAACAUUCAAGCAAUGGUUGAAAGGAAAUGUUUUGAGAGGAAUAUACACUUUCAAUACAAGAGAAUUUCACCCUGAUCCAUGUAAAAGACCCACUAUUUUCUAUCUAGAUGAAGUUUCUUCUGGCAAAGAUGGUAUCAUAAGCAGUUACAAGAAAUAUUUUCAAAAUUGCCAACACAAGGCAUCGAUGAACAAAUUGGAGGUGAUCAAAGUGGUUACAAAAAAGUUAUACCUUAACAAAAAGAUUCCAAGAAGGCACUGUUGUGAUGUGUUGCCCUCUAAUGCUGGUGACUUGAUGGAAAUAGCAAUCAGAGAAUGCAAAUAUGAAGAACUGAUUUACAUGAACUGACAGAAAAAGUAUAUUAAAUCUCUUUCAAUCCUUUAAAAACGUUUCUAGUUUAUAAAGAAGGCAAUAAUCGAUGGUGUAAGGGAAUGUCCAAUCUAGAAUGUGAACUUUCAUGUAUGCUAAUAGAGCAAUUUACUAAAGAUGUAAGAAGAUUAAUGAUUCACUUGAUUAAUUCAAACUUGGAAAAUAAAACGGAACAUAUAGGAUGGGAAAGUGCCUUUGGACGCAAUAACUUUUAUGAUAAGUUCACCCCUAUCUACAGAAUCAAC